UGUAAAUAACACGUCAACUGCUGCGGUUGAGAGCGAGCAUAUGAAAAUUUGUGUUUUUUUCUGGAUAAAAGUGAAUAAUUUUGCUAGUGAAAGGUUGUAAUUUGUGCUGUGUGAAAAGCUUAGUAAUUUGUACACGUUGACCCAGUUUCAUAAACUCGUCAAGACUAAACAUGUCCCUAGAAAACCACCUAGCCGAUCAACCAGACUGUAGUUCGUCGGAUCCCAAUCGCCGUAUUGCAUUAAUCACCGGCAUAACCGGGCAGGAUGGAUCCUAUUUGGCCGAGUUUCUGCUGAAGAAAGAUUACGAGGUGCAUGGAAUCAUACGGCGAGCUAGUACCUUCAACACAUCCCGAAUCGAGCAUCUAUAUGCGGAUCCGCACAGCCACAAGCAGGGUAAAAUGAAGUUACACUACGGGGACAUGACCGACAGCAGCUGCCUGGUGAAGAUCAUAGCCCGUGUUCGCCCGAGUGAAAUAUAUAAUCUGGCGGCUCAAAGUCACGUCAAGGUUUCGUUCGAUCUCAGUGAGUACACGGCGGAAGUGGAUGCGGUGGGAACGCUGCGGCUUUUGGAUGCAAUCAGAACUUGUGGACUGGACAAAACAGUCCGAUUCUAUCAGGCGAGCACUUCGGAGCUGUACGGCAAAGUAGUGGAGACGCCGCAGAAUGAAAAGACACCGUUCUACCCACGGUCGCCGUAUGCUUGCGCCAAGAUGUAUGGAUACUGGAUUGUGAUCAACUAUCGGGAAGCCUACGAUAUGUUUGCAUGUAAUGGUAUUUUGUUCAACCAUGAGUCGCCCCGACGGGGGGAGAACUUUGUAACCAGGAAGAUCACCCGAUCGGUGGCGAAAAUAUUCCUGAAUCAGCUGGAGUGCUUGGAGUUGGGUAAUUUGGAUUCGAAACGUGACUGGGGUCACGCCCAGGACUACGUGGAAGCCAUGUGGAUGAUGUUACAGCAAGAGCAACCGCAGGAUUACGUAAUUGCCACUGGGGAAUGUCACUCGGUGAGGGAGUUUGUAGAGCUGUCAUUCAAGCACAUCGACCGAGAAAUAGAAUGGCGAGGGACCGGUGUGAAAGAGGUUGGUGUGGAGAAAGGAACGGACAUCGUUCGCAUCAGAAUAAACCCGAAAUUUUUCCGCCCAACGGAAGUUGACUUGCUGCUGGGCGACGCCAGCAAGGCUAAACGAGAACUUGGCUGGGAGCCGAAGGUAACGUUCCUGCAGCUGGUAGCCGAUAUGGUGGCAGCCGAUAUUGAAUUGAUGGAGAGGAACCCGAAUGCCUAGAUCUCGGGUGGGCAUCAAAUUUGUAUUAUGUGUAUACUGGAUUGAUGAUCCGACUAGUGAAGUUUAAAUUUACGACACACUAUAAUUAUAUCUUUAUAAUUAACAUUCCUCGUGCAAACACUAUCAUAUAAAAUGAGUAUGUAAACAACAAGUAUGAGUAAUA